AUGUCGCAAGAGGAGCAUCAAGUUCGCUACAAAGUUGAACAGAUUGAAAUGUUACAUUCUAAAGAAAGCAUGGUUCGAUGAAGAACACUGCAGCAAUUCUUGCUAUAGUCAACGAAUACCCUGUUUGUUUUAUCGAUAUAAAGAAAAUGUCUCUCACAAUACGCGCGAUAGAAUUAUUCCGUAAGAUUCUGCGUCUUUUUGCUAUCUAGUAUUUUGCUAUCGCAUUCUGAACUUAAAUUAUGUUUCUCUCAUUAUGUUGUAUCAGUUUUUUGAAUGAUCUCAGAAGUUCCUUGUUUCUUGAAAAUUAACAACUUGCAGUUUAAUCUACACGAUGUUCGUUCAAACAUUUGUCGAAAUAUUAAAAUGAUCAUAAUUUUUGAAGUUAUGAUUAACAUGUUGAUUGCAAACACGAAAUUUAUAUCAAUCAGUUUAUGUUUAUAUAAAAGUAUUAAAGGAAACAGUAUUAUUUUUAAGUAAAAAAUAAAUUAUUCGAUUUUUGACCAUUUUGAAUAGUCAAAAUAAUUCUUUGAAAGCUUACUAUUACAUAUUUUCCUCUGCAAUUCGCAAGAGAAAUAAAUGUAACGAAGUUUCUUCAGAAACUAUCGAAUUACGUUGUAACAAUGAUUAUAGCAUAAAUUGCCUACUGUUUUAAAUAGCAAAAUAUUUGUCUGUUUCGAACUUUCUGUUCUGUUAGUACCAGGAAAUUUUGUAGAAUGAAAAAAAGAAAAUUAAUUUUUAAUUAUACUUUAUACUUUGAUGAAAUAAAUAUACUAGGGUUGCUGUAUGGAAUUUUUUUUCUUUUUAACAAUAAAGAUCGUCAACGUCAUUGUUUGACAGUUGUCAAUGUAAAGACGUGAUAGCAAAUAUUGAAAGACUACAAUGUGAACAUGCAUAUGUAGUUCUACGUGUAUCAAUAAUUUGCUUACAACCCUCAUUUUUAAGUUAAUAUGCAUCAUGAUGAGUCAACCAUCGGUGAACUAAUAAAUCAGAACUGCUUUACUUAAAUUUCAUGUCGUAUGUAUCUUUGUAAGAAAAGUAAUUUAUGUUAUUUCCAAUUUAUAUGAUAAAAAAAUUAACCCUUCUUUAUAAUGAAAAUUUUUUUUAUACUUUCAAUGUCAAUUAUUUAAAUUUCAUUAUGCCAUGCUUUAUUAUAUUAAGCUAAUCUUUAUUAUUUUAUUUUAAUAUAUAUUUUUAUUAUAUAUUUAUAUAAUAUAUAAUAUAUAAUUUAUUUAUAUAUAUAUUUAAUAUAUAUAUAUAACUUUAUUAAUUAAUUAAUAUUUCAUUUUCCUUUAUAAUGAAAAUUUCAUCUUGCAAUACAAUGUAGAAACAAAAUGUCUCGCAUCAUUAUAAUUAUCAUUACUUUACCUAAAUUUUAUUAUACAUGCUUUCCUUACACUAUGCGAAGAAUAAUCUACAUUAUAUUAAAUCUACAUAUAUAAAAUUACUAUUUAAUUAUUUAAUUCUUCCUUGUAAUAAAAAUUUCAUUCGUCUGCCAACAUCUUUAGUUUCGUAGAAGACAGAAGAAACGAUCGACACCGAUGUAUCGAUUCUCGCUUAAUCUCGAUUUCUUUUCCCAAGAAACUUGCCGCGAUAAAAGUCUUUGGUCUCAUUUGCUUCAUCUACUAUUUAUGCGAAAACGUUGUUUUCCCCAAAGCUUCUCGUCCUUUCGAUCGUAAAGCUGGAAGAAAAUCUCAAGAGCGGUUAGUAUCUAGGGCAAUGGCAGACAUAUGCAAGUCAUUUAAAAAUAUUCGAGAUAAUGUUCUCCCUGCGAUUUGCCUUCCGUCGUGGAAGAUGCAAGUUGCAGAGACAUCAAUGCCGGAAGUGGAGCGAAGAUUCAUUCUUAAUAAAUUAUCUCACUCAGAAAUACUGAAAUAUUCCGGCCACCUGGAACGUAGUCCCAUCAUUGGAAACCGAGCAGAAAGUUACGGCGGAUCACGUUUCCAGUCCGAAAAUCGAUGUGACUGGUAUCGACAAAGGUCUGCAAAUCUCAGAUACAAAGAUGUCGACGAAGAUCGUCGAACGAACGAGCCCCGCGGAUACAAAGCGUGAGAAAAGAUUCGAUCUUACGAUGGAGAACGUCGAGAGUGACGAUCGAUUCCCGAAAUUCAAAGACGUUGACUUUGUAAAAGAAAUGGCCAUCGAAACUGUUAGCCCUCUUCCGAAAAAUGUCAUUCUGAUCAUCGUUGAAUCGGGCCAAAGUCAGGAGGAUUUCUGGAAGAAUUUCAAGGCUUCGCACAUAUUCUCUGUUGAAGGGAUGCUUCAGAGUUGUAACGAUGGCCAGGAAGAGAACAAGGCAAGAUUUUCCUUGGACGACGCGCUAAUCUCUGGCAAUAGGGACAAGAAACACAACUGUGAACAUCUCUUACGUUCAAACAUUGCAACGUUGCUACUUUGGACUCGAGAUGUUAAGGGAAUGACAACAGGAACAUUAUCGAACGCGAAUUUCACCAUUCCAUCGCUGUUUGGGUUCGAAGAGUCAGUAGGGCUUUCCAGAGAGUUCGAUGAAAUUGACGAGAAAAAUAUGAGGCCGGAAGUUCGUAAAGUCAGGCCGGAAAUUCGCAGCGACUGGCACGUUAUCGACUUAGGGAAACCCACUAAUCGCGUUUCCUCAUUGAUGGCCGCACAAAAUACUCGAGAAGACGGCAUCGCAGGAUACGCUUCUCGUGGUGAUUGAAGCUUGCCCACACGAUGGCAAACCCGUGCCAUUCUUCGCCCAAGGUCCAUCCGCCAAAGUGCUUCGCGAAGCAACGACAAUUUCGGACGUUCCAACUGCCAUUCGACACAUCAUUGCCAGCGGCUGUCGGGACCCGAGCUGCAGAAAUCGCCGACAUGACGUUAUUCCACCCCCGAUCGUUCCGUUGAAGAUCAUCCCACGUAGCGUGGCCGUUUUGAGAAGGGCGUCUCGAGACGCUGCUAGAAAAUCG